UUUCAGACAUCUUUAGUUAGGGCAAAGCCUUCUUCAUUAUUUUUACAUAAUUCCUCCGGUACAUGACAGCUCGACAGAUAACGUAUAGCUAAACUUUAGGGAUAUCCCAGAGGCAUACGGCGGUCACCCCCUCACCCAAGAACCACUAAGCCCCCUUGAAGCGCCCACAAUAAAUAUGGCGCUCGCAUUACAGUGAGAGACCACCUGUCCCCGUGACCACAUCGUCCCAGUGUUCCCCUCAUAGUCAUGGCGCAGUUGUGGAUUACGGUGGCGGUGCUCGUCUGCUGGGCUGCGGUCACACAGGCCGGCCGGCUGCUCGGUGGUCGGGAGCCAGUGGAUGUCAGUUCUUCGGGGGUGAAGCAGGCUCUGUCAUUCGCUAUGUACGAGUACAACAGGGGCAGCAACGACAUGUACGCCUCCCGCCCGGUUACCGUCAGGAAGGCGGAGAGACAGGUUGUAUCCGGGUAUAAAUAUUUCUUGGAUGUCGAUGUUGGACGAACACAGUGUAGGAAGCCAACCACAGAUAUGGACGUCUGUGAUCUUCAUACAGAUCCUGCAUAUGCUAAGGUUUCCACUUGCCACUUUGUAGUGUACUACGUUCCUUGGACUUCCCAACAGCAGUUGCAGAAAUCUGAAUGCGAUUAGUUUCUGCUUCUCCAUCAUAUUAGAGCGUUUACCGUGGUUUUUCAUCCUAUACAGCAUAGAGCAUAAUAAAAAAAAAUAAUAGACACCUAUAGUUUUUACCUUUUUUAGUAUUAUACAUAAUGUUUUUGCUCUUAUUCCUUAACGUUAUUAAUUAUUGAACUGGUGUCAUUUAAGAAAAGUGUCAAAUUCUUUCAUUUCUUUGCGCUGGUAUACAGAUUUAAGCUUAUUAAAAAACUAGAUUUGCAGAAUAUAAAUAAUUAGAACAGCAUUUUGUAAUCUACUUUCUGUAUUGUUGUGGCCCUUCAUUACAGCCAAUUGCAGAAGCCAGGAGAGUCGACCAGUUUAAAGUGUUCUGUUUGGUAGUCUUCAAGAAUGUUGCAUAUCUUUUCAGCACAUAAUGGCACGUUUUCUUUUAUUAAUAACAAUAAACCAUAUUGUCUACACCA